AUGACGCAACGAGCUGAUAAAAAUCAGUUGGUCGCGUGGGCAUCAAAGCUGAAGGACGCCGACGCUGGGUUACCGUCCAUCAGGAAAUUCUAUCAAGUAUUUUUCAAGCUUCCUAUAGCCGGCGAGAGGAACGUUUAUGUCGUGCUAACCGACUACGGGCCCUCCGAUAUCGUCACGUUGAAAUCCGACGAUGGAUUUUUGAAUCAGCGCUUUCAAAUCCGGAUAAAAAUCUACCAUCAUCAUACUGUUAUGCAAGUAACGCAAUCGUACGGAAGGGCUUCUGCUCUAUUUCAGUACAGCGUGGGUAUGGUUCUUAGGCACGCUACGAAAAUUCAUCUGCAACGUGCCGCGACAAUCAUCGAAAAGAGGUACAAGAUCCUGGAACAUGGAAAGGAAUUUUUAAGUUUGACUUGAAGGUUGUGUU